UCUCCGCCUCCGCCGCGCCCUCCUCGCCCGCGAUGGGCCCCCCCGCCGCCGGCGAAGCUAUCGCCUCCCCCCCGCUGCCGCCGCCGUCGCGUUAGCCCUGAAGCCCGGACCCUCACGCGCACGGUUUAGCCCCGCGGCCGUACCCACUGCCCACUCUCGCAGGCAGUAGAACAGUCAAGAUGCUGCCACCCGUGCCCUCCCGCUUCGGGCUCCUGCUGCUGCUGCUCCUGUGUCCGGCGCACGUCGACGGACUGUGGUGGGCUGUGGGCAGCCCCCUGGUCAUGGACCCUACCAGCAUCUGCAGGAAGGCACGGCGGCUGGCUGGGCGGCAGGCUGAGUUGUGCCAGGCUGAGCCAGAAGUGGUGGCAGAGCUGGCCCGGGGUGCACGGCUGGGGGUGCGAGAGUGCCAGUUCCAGUUCAGAUUCCGCCGCUGGAACUGCUCCAGCCACAGCAAGGCUUUUGGCCGAAUCCUGCAGCAGGAUAUUCGGGAGACAGCUUUUGUGUUUGCGAUUACCGCGGCGGGUGCUAGCCACGCGGUGACGCAGGCCUGUUCCAUGGGCGAGCUGCUGCAGUGUGGCUGCCAGGCGCCCCGCGGGCGUACCCUGCCCCGGCCCUCUGGCCUGUAUGGCACCCCAGGCCCGCCCGGCCCCCACAGCUCCCCGGAAGGCAGCGCUGCGUGGGAGUGGGGAGGCUGCGGCGACGACGUGGACUUCGGGGAUGAGAAGUCCAGGCUUUUUAUGGACGCGCAGCACAAGCGAGGACGCGGAGACAUCCGCGCGUUGGUGCAACUGCAUAACAACGAGGCGGGCCGGCUGGCCGUGCGUAGCCAUACGCGCACCGAGUGCAAGUGCCACGGACUGUCGGGCUCCUGUGCGCUGCGCACCUGCUGGCAGAAGCUGCCCCCGUUCCGCGAAGUGGGCGCGCGCCUGCUUGAGCGCUUUCACGGCGCCUCACGCGUCAUGGGCACCAACGAUGGCAAGGCCCUGCUACCUGCAGUUCGCACGCUCAAGCCACCGGGCCGAGCCGACCUCCUCUACGCUGCCGACUCACCGGACUUCUGCGCCCCCAACCGGCGCACCGGCUCGCCAGGCACGCGUGGCCGCGCCUGCAAUAGCAGUGCCCCGGACCUCAGCGGCUGCGACCUGCUGUGCUGCGGCCGUGGGCACCGCCAGGAGAGCGUGCAGCUCGAGGAGAACUGUCUGUGUCGCUUCCACUGGUGCUGCGUAGUGCAGUGCCACCGCUGCCGCGUGCGCAAGGAACUCAGCCUCUGCCUCUGACCGGUCGCCUGGCCUCUAAACUAACUGCGGGACCUCAGGGCUCCAGCAGGGGGCGCUGCCCGGCCCGGCCUCUCCCUGACGAAGCCCAUCUCCCAGGCCUCUGGAAACGGACGGGUGCUUGAGACCUAUGGCUGCCUGCAAAGGCCAAGGGCGCCUGACAGCGCCUCAAAGGCGCUGGGGCGUUUCCGAGGGAGAUUAUACCGGCUGUCCUUGUCCUUGGCCCCCCCAGGUGGAAACCAAAGAAGUCAGUCUUUAAGCCUCUGGAUAUGAGGCUCCUCAGAACUGCCAGCUAUGCGAUGGGUGGGUGCAUUUAGUGUCAAUAAAAAUAUUUAAACCAGUAGGACUGGACCCACAGUUUGGGAGGAGGCUGUUCCCCUAUGGGCUAGGCUCUAGAAGCAAUGUGUAAAGAGAGGUGGCUUUGAUGGAACUAGAAUCUCAGGGUCAUCAGCUUGGGUCCCUAUCCUGUCCCUUUCCAACUGGGUUGGGUUCUCCUGGAAACCUUUCCUUGGCACUCUUUUUGGUCACUCUUAUCAGACAUCUACCAGGGCCUGGACCUGCAAGUGGGGAAGAACUAGCAACUCUUUUUUGUUAAAGGGAUAGAGUGAAAGGGAGGGUCUAGGAAAAGGGGACAGAAGCCUCUGAUGUGUUCAGUUCUGGAGCUAACCCUUGUCUUGAUUUUUAGGGGAUUAUGUCUGUUUCUCUAACUCCUGGGGAAUUGAAGGGUAGAAUUUUGAGCCCAUGCAAGCCCAUAGGA